AUGUCUGGGCGAGGGAAAGGCGGAAAGGGUCUUGGAAAAGGUGGAGCCAAGCGUCACCGGAAAGUCUUGAGAGAUAAUAUUCAAGGAAUCACAAAACCAGCUAUUCGCCGUCUAGCGCGUCGUGGUGGUGUGAAACGCAUUUCUGGUCUCAUUUACGAGGAAACACGUGGUGUACUGAAAGUAUUCCUCGAGAAUGUCAUUCGUGACGCUGUUACCUACACCGAACAUGCCAAGCGCAAGACGGUGACCGCUAUGGACGUAGUCUACGCACUGAAGCGUCAAGGUCGUACGUUGUAUGGUUUUGGCGGUUAA